CAUGCAGAGCUGUAUUAAGGAGCAAAGUACAGGGGAAAACUCGCGAGAAAGUGUGUGGCGUGCUUUGGUGAAGUGCAGUGAAGCCUGGCCGACCGAGGCGGAAGUGAAGAUUGACAAGUUGUAAUAGACAAGCGGCCCGAGAUUUCCAGCUGGUGCUUCCCAAGAAAAUGCCUGGGUUAAGUGGGAAAGUUCAGACUGUGCAGGGGCUGAUUGAUCCUAGUCAGCUGGGUCGUACCCUGCCCCACGAGCACUUGGCCUUGAGUUUCGCUUGUUGCUACUCGCCACCGGCUCCCGGGCAAGAAGAGCGCUCGGAAAUGCCCAUAGCCAUGAGUAACAUGCACUGGCUUCAACAGAACCCGUACAGUCACAGGGGCAACCUCUUGUUGAACGAAGAGGCCGAGGUGGUGAAAGAGGAGCUGCUGCAGUUUAAGAAAGCAGGAGGUGGGACUAUCGUGGAGAACACCACGACAGGGAUUUGUAGAGAUGUGAAGACUCUCCGACGCCUUUCUCAGGAAACCGGUGUGCAUGUAAUUGCAGGGGCAGGAUUCUAUGUGGGUGCAACUCACUCCCCUGAAACGCAGAACAUGACUGUGGAAAAUUUAACAGGUAUUCUUGUGAAUGAGAUUCUCCAUGGAGCAGAUGGAACUGACAUCAAAUGUGGAGUGAUCGGAGAAAUUGGCUGUUCUUGGCCAAUCACCGAGAGUGAAAAGAAAGUUCUUCGUGCCACAGCUGAGGCACAGACACAGCUUGGCUGUCCUGUUAUCAUUCACCCAGGCAGAGACGUUGACUCGCCUUUCCAGAUUAUUCAAAUACUUCAGGAGGCUGGGGCUGACAUCUCUAAAACAGUCAUGUCCCAUCUAGACCGGUCCAUUUUUGACCCGAAUAAACUGAUGGAGUUUGCCAGACUGGGAAGUUACCUCGAGUAUGAUCUAUUCGGCACUGAAUUCUUGAACUAUGCGUUAAAUCCUACAAUCGAUAUGCCAUGUGACAAUGAAAGAAUCCGACGAAUCCGUUUUCUUGUGGAAGAGGGUUAUGAAGAUAAACUGCUGAUAUCCCACGAUAUUCACACCAAAAACCGAUUGACUAAGUAUGGAGGGCACGGCUAUUCCCACAUUCUAACCAACAUAGUCCCGAAAAUGAACCAGCGAGGCUUUUCGCAAUGUGUCAUCGAUAAGAUUUUAGUGGGAAACCCGAAACGUUGGCUAACGUUCAAAUAAUUAAAUGAACGUGAUUUAUAAUUGAUUUUAAGGAAUAUGUUUCUCAAUGAAGCGAUGUAUAGUUGAUUUAUGUGCAAUGCUUCUCUAUAAUAUCCUAAUUGCAAAUACACUAAGAAAAUUAUAUAUUCUUAAUCUAUGAUAGAUUAGGAAAAAUAGACCAUAAAUGUGUGAAGGAUCCUUGUUUCGUGAUGUCAUGCUGUUUACUUGUACGACAAUAAAACGUUUAGCAAACUUAAUGAGGCAGAUCGUGCAGUUUAGAGCAGCAUUUGCUGUAAUGGGAUGGGAUUUAUAGCAAUUAAAAUCCACUUGGGGCUAUUGUCACUCGGUCCAUAAUUUAUCCAUUUGUUGCUUGCCUUCACUAACACGUGAUCGCAGUGGAGUGGUUCGGGAAAAUGUUACUCAUGUAAACAUUUGAGUAAAUAGAUUGGCACAUUUCUGAAAUGUAAUCCACUUCUCUGCAUUAACAAUAUUGGCUACAAUUAAAACGUUUUUAUUCAUAUCAAGGCACAUCCAAUUAAUACGUGUUUCAGCCCAUUAUUAUUUGUUUCCAUUUGUUUCCUAUCGGCGACUUUCAUAGAUAAUAACGCCACAUUGAUACGGCUGGUGGCAACUGGAUACUAAGAAGGAACUGUGAUGAGCAGUUUGUCAAAAGAGCAGGGAUGGAAGUUUAAUUUAGACUCCACUUGUUGCCUUAAGUCUAUUUUACAAUCGUCCAGAAACAAUAUUAGCUUGAAGAAACUGUUUCCUACAAAGUUUUUAAUCCUAGAUUUAAGACGUUAUUUCCUUGCAACUUUAAUCUAUUUACGCAUUGAAACAACAGUACUUUUACAAAUUAUAUUUAACACAGAAUAGACGAAACACUUGACGGUAUUGCAUCCUCUUUUAA